AAAUUGGCUUAUCGACACUAAUCAAUCAAGGCGCAUUAGUUAUGAGGUAUAUGAGGCAAUUAAGUACUCAUCAAACCACCACAUUCUCAUCAAUACCACUCACGCAGAGGAGCGAACCAAAGUCCUCAAAAGGCAUCUUCGAAAAAGCAGCACCGCUCCUCAUCGAUCUCAUUCCCAAGAUGAUGCAGGGCAUUGGCUUCUUCCUACUCCUCUUCUCCUCCCUCCACCUCUCCUCUCCCAGUGCCUUAGCCUACAUUGGCGUCGGCGGUGGAGUUGGGGUUUGGAUCAAUGGAAGGGGAACCACCCCCACCUCCUCCUCCUCCUCCUCGUCCUCCACCCAAACACCACCGGACCCUCAAAACCCUAGCCCCAUGGCCACCGAGUUCGCAGCUCUCCAAGCAUGGAAACAGGCGAUAACCGAAGACCCGUACGGCAUUUUAGCCUCCUGGGUCGGGCCCAACGUUUGCUCCUACAGAGGAGUCUUUUGCUCAGAACCCCCUGAAGAAUCCCCCCACUUCUCCCCCAGCGUCGUCGCGGGCAUAGAUCUGAACGGGGCGAACCUCGGGGGUUACUUGGUAAGAGAGCUCUCCCUCCUCACCCACCUCAACUUCAUCCACCUCAACUCCAACAGGUUCCAAGGAACGGUCCCGGAGAGCUUCAAAGAUCUGCAGUACUUGACGGAGCUGGACCUGAGCAGCAACCUCCUCGCAGGGCCCUUCCCCGCGCCGACCCUCCUCAUCCCGGGGCUCAUCUACCUCGACCUCCGGUUCAACAGCUUCUCCGGGGAGCUCCCGGAAGCGCUCUUCCAGAAGCAGCUCGACGCCAUCUUCCUCAACAACAACCAGUUCGAGGGCCAGAUCCCGGCGUCCCUCUGGGCCUCCCCUGCCUCCGUGAUCACCCUCGCCAACAACAACCUCACGGGCCCCAUCCCGGCGAGCUUCGGCUACAGCUCCGGGAUCAGGGAGCUGCUCUUCCUCAACAACAGGCUCACGGGCUGCAUCCCCGAGGGGGUCGGGUUCCUAGCCGAGGUCGAGGUCCUGGACCUGAGCUUCAACUCCCUCGGCGGCGACAUCCCGAGCACGCUCUCCUGCUUGAGCGGCAUCGAGGUGCUCAACGUCGCGCACAACGGGUUGACCGGGGAGCUCCCGGACAUACUGUGCGAGCUGAGGAGCCUCGCGAACCUGAGCGUCUCGUUCAACUUUUUCUCCGGGUUCGGAGCGGAUUGCACGAGGGAGCUCCUGAUACGGAACGUGGGGUUCGACUUCGCCGGGAACUGCAUUCCGGGGCGCGGCAUGCAGAGGCCGCCGCCGGAGUGCCCCGGGUCGGGGCCCGGAGCCGGCCUCAGCUGCUUGCGGACGCGCCCCGCGGGCUGCGGCGGAAGCGGACUUCGGGUCGGAGUCGGGAUCCCCGGAAUCCCGUUUACGCUCAGCACUACGCUGCCGAUCCCGGUUCCGUGAGGAAGUGCCGGGUCGUUCGUGGAUUCAUUAAAUUGGAGUGAUUGUGAUUCGAGUUGUGUUGGUAAUCUACAACACACAUUGAAAGGCAUUUAUUUUGAAUUUUGAUUUUUCCUUUUUUUUA